GUUUCACGUUCCAAAAUUGUCCUCGUCUCUAAAAUCCCUCAUUUUUCGGAAGGAAGAAGAAACCCUAACAACGAGGCAUGGCGAUUGCGAGGACUGGAGUUUUCGUUGACGAUUAUUUGGAGUAUUCUAGCACUUUGGCAGCAGAGCUCCAGAGGCAUCUCACCACCAUGAGAGAGCUUGAUGAGAGAGCUCUUGGAUUAAUCAACCAGACAAGAGAUCAAACAAAGUACUGUUUGGGGAUACCUUAUCAUAACUCAAAGAAAGCUAUCCUUGAAGAUGACGAGGAGGCAUUUGAGAAGAUUAAAAAGGAAAUUGAAGCUAACCAGGAUAGUGCAUUGAGUCUUUGCACUGAGAAGGUUCUUCUUGCUCGGCAAGCUUAUGAUCUUAUAGAAAGUCAUGUGAAGCGGCUCGAUGAGGACCUCAACCAGUUUGCAGAAGAUUUAAAGCAAGAGGGAAAAAUACCUCCAGAUGAGCCAGCUAUCCUUCCUCCAAUGCCUAUAAUCAUCAGGGAGGAGAAAAGGAAACCAUCGGGUUAUAUAACUCCUCAACCAAAGAGGUUCAGAGAAAGGGAUUGGGAUAGGGAGAGGGAUAUGGAUCUUGAGCUGAUGCCUCCUCCAAAAAGCCACAAGAAAAUUAUCCCUGUCUCUGUUGAUGUAGAUCAACCUAUUGAUCCUAAUGAACCAACAUACUGUGUUUGCCAUCAGGUGUCUUUUGGGGACAUGAUUGCUUGUGACAAUGAGAAUUGUGAAGGAGGGGAAUGGUUCCACUAUUCAUGUGUCGGGCUCACCCCAGAGACGAGAUUCAAAGGCAAGUGGUUCUGUCCAACUUGCAGGCAACAGCAAUAAAUUGAGCCAAAUCAGGGUUACCAUCAAACCAGUCAUGGGCACUUUGCUAAUAGGAGACUCUGGGAAAUGGCUGGGCCCUGUGUUCAUCAAAUUACUUGCACCGGCAACCGCAAGAAUCUCUUUGUAAUGCUUAACAAUUUCAGCAGAUGGAAUUCUUACUGCUAAUGUAUAACAAGUUGAAUAUCCUGUAAAAUUAGAAAAUCCUCGUCGACUGAAUUUAUAUCUGUUCUUUAAGUUGAUUGUAUAUUUUGAUAUGUUGUUAAGAGCUUUUGUGACUUCAGGUUCAAUCUUGCAGGUUUCUUAUA